AUGUCAGUUCAAUUAAAAGAUGAUUUAAACUUUCGUUUAAGAAGUAAAAAAGCAUUAAAAAAUAAAGAUGGCACAGAUGGUUGGUUUUUAGGUGUUUACGAUGACGGUUUAAUUUCAAAUGGUGGUAAUAAAAGUGAUAAAACCAUUUGGGUAUUAAAGAGUGUUCAAUCAAGUUUUAAUAUUAUAUCAAAAGAUGGUAACUAUUGUUUAGGUAUUGAUGAUGGAUUAAAUAUGAUUACCAAUGCUGACCCAAAUGGUAAUGGUUUAUUCAUUUUCGAUUGGCAACCAAAUGGUAGAGUAUGUAUUCAAUCAGUUUUUCAUGCUUCAAAAAAGAAUAGAACUGGUAAAUUUGGUCCACAUUUAGGUGUUGAUCCACAAGGUGGUUUAAUUGGUAAUGCUGGUACCGGUGAAUGGGGUCAAUGGGAUAUCAUACCAAUUAGUGAAAGUACAACAACAGUAUCUCAUUCAUCACCUGAUACCACCACCACCUCCACCUCCUCCUCUUCUUCCUCUUCAAAACCAUCCGCACCACCUUCAUCAAAUGAUAAUAAACCAACAAUUGUACCCUCUGCUCACCCAUCAAUUAAAUUAUUAACCGAUUUUGCUAAACAUAGAGAAUUAUGGGGUGAACAAUUUUAUGUUGAACAAAAAUUUACAAAAACAGUUGAUGCAAAAUUGAAAUUUAUGGUAAGAUUACCAAAUUUACAAGUAAAGAAAUGGAGUGUAAUUGCAUGUGCACCACCAUCACCAUUACAAACUCAAAUGAUAAAGAAAGCAUCUUUAACCAUUUAUGAUAAUACUGGUAAUAAUGAAAUUAGUAAAGGUCAAUUAAUUCAAGCAGGUAGUCAUUAUGUUAUGAGAGCAAUGGUAAAGGGCAUUGCAAAACAACAUAAGAUCCAUGCUCAUUACGAUAUAGAAGCCGACCUUUACAGUAUCUCUUUGAAAAAGAUUGUACCCGGUCAAUUUAUGCCAAUGGUUCAACCAUUGAAUCCACAAGAGAGAGCAUACUAUUUACAAACCACCAAUUUCAUCAAUUAUAAUCAACCACAAUUUCAACAAUGGAUUAGGGAUAAUCAAUUGCAUCCAAUGCUAUUGACUGAUGGUACCGUUGAAUCAGUGUUAUGCUAUGCAUAUAGGGUUUUCCUAUUCAUUAAAUUACAUUUUGAUUAUGUUUUAGCAAAAGAUGUAUUAAGUGGUCGUAAGGCAACCGAUACUAUCAAUGCUAAAAAGUCUGAUUGUGGUGGUUUCUCAAUUCUCUACUCUUCAAUUCUUAGAAUGCAUGGUAUACCAACUCGUAUACUAAUUGGUAGAUGGGCUUUAUCAGGUACUGCCGAUAAACAAAAGGUCCAUGUUGUUGGUGAAUUUUAUGUUGAUGGUUGUGGUUGGGUACCUUUUGAUCCAGCUUGUGCAAUCACUGCUGAUAAAACUGAACCUUUUACAAAAUAUUUCGCUCAAAACUCUGGUGAAUUCAUUACUAUGCAUGUUGAAACAGGUAUUCAUGGUAUUGAUAAUGGUAUAGAAUCUAAACAUCAAACUAUUGACUUUUUACAAUCAAUUUGUUAUUGGGUUGAUGGUGAAGGUAAUUUCAAUAAUCAAGAAUCUGAAAGUUUAUGGACUGUAACUCCUCAACAAAAAUAA